UGCUCAAUGUCCGUUGACCGGAUACGAGUAGAAACAACAUACUGUGGGAGGGAACAAACCAACUCUCUUCUGGAGAGAAUUUUUGUGGAAAGACGCUGAGGAUGGAUGGAAUAUGUAAUACGCUAAUCACCAAACUACAUCAUGAUGCAGGCACUAAGAUGGAAUGAUGAGGGGAAAAUGGUAAGAGGGUGGUGACUAAUGGUCACGUUGCGUUGGGAGUUGGAGUCGAACAUGAAAAGAAUGAAUAGGAAUUGGGAACAACUUGAGAGGAGAACUUGGGAGAGGGUUGAUUGUAGAACGCUGGUCGGUAGCCUUUUCUCUCUCCUGAGGGGUAACUGGCUUUAUUGGGUGAAGUAUUUUUUUUAAUUGGUAAGUAAAGAUAAUCCUAAUACCUAUAUCUGCAAUUUCUUAACCACUGCCUUUAAUAGACAGAUUUUAUUUUCUGGUGUCCACUGAAAGUCUAAUUUCUCGUUGGUUCUUAUUGAGAUUUAAUUGUUAAUAGUUCAACAAGCUACUGAAGCGGAAUAUUCACAUCAUAUCAUAAAAUGACUGAUAAUUUCAGUAAAAAUAUUAGUGUGCGGAUGUUAAUCACAUUAAACAACCACUCAGGCUCAUUAUAAAUCAAAGGGGUCUUUUUUGCUAACACCAAUAAUAUUUAACGACCUUGACCAAUGGAAAAUGUAUUGGAUAGGUAGGAAUUCGUUAUCAUUCCUUAUUUCUUUAUCAAGUCCAUCUGUCAAAUGACAUCGAAACUCCAAGACUGGAUCAUUGGUUAGGAAAAUAGUUUUCUUUAGUCACUGAGCUUUAUAUGCGUUUAUCCAACAAUUACAUUUACAUAAGCUUGUUCACCAUGAAAUAUAUGAUCAACAAGUAACUUAUUCUACAGAAUGUUCAUUUGGAAUAUUUAUUUUAUACGGAAUUUAAGAUUUCUCUGUUUUUGUUUGUAUGGAUUUUAUUACUUCACACUGGUUUUGUCAUAUAGCAUUUCGGAACAACCUAUUUUCAGACAAUUUACAGUAACGAAUAUAAAUGAAGAAUUGAAAAAUUCUGUUGAUAACAUUUUAAAGCCGAAUUUCCCCAAUGAGUAUAAUUUGUUCCGUUGGACUACGGUGACAGGAUUUAAAGAAAUUAUUAAUAACACUCGUGCAGUAUGGUUAAUUUUUGGUGGAUCAAUUGACAGGAUAAACUUAAGUUCAGUGAAUCCAUUCUCAAAGAAAGUAGUCGGGGUUAUUGCUUGUCGGUUAACUUACAAUUCUGAGUAUUCAUUAUGGCUACAUUUAGAUGAAUGUUCUACAAUGGAAGUUAAAAAAAUAUCAGAUCAAGAAAAUGAGCAUGUUCCAAAACAUCAUGAAGGCACCACCCUUUUAGGAGUGAGCCUUGAUAGUCUUGAGUUCGAAAAACCCAUUAGUGGAGCAGUUAUUGUUUAUUGUGAUCCUCUUUGGCAUACUGGUGAAAGGAAAUAUAGAAGUCACUCUGUAUUGGACAUGAAAUAUCAAGAACAAGCUGGUGGUAGAUGCCAUAUUCGUUUAAGACACAAUGGUAAAUGGUUGCGUCAGAGGAAAACAAACCAAACGGAAGACAUUAUUCAAUUUUGUACUAACUCUGGCUAUUCACAACCGUGUGGUGGAGGAUUUUCAUUUGAUCUGCAACAAACUACAAGUAUUGAUACAACUAUUCGUAGUUAUCAAAAUUACUACGAUCAUCUCAAUUCACAGUUACCAAAUAUUCGGCUUCUUACCAGUUUAUUUUUAGCUAAUCCAGGUGAAGUACACAUUUUAGAUGACAUAUUAAUGAAUUUUAAAAACAUUCCUGAUCAACAACAAGCUGAAUUUUCUGUUCACAGAAUUCUAGGUAGUCAUGUACAAUUUAGUCAACAAGUUAGGUGGACACCACUUUCCAAAUCUUGGAAACAUUAUUUGAAUUUAGGAGAUAAUAACUCAGUUUCAGGAGGCGAUGUAUGGAUGCAUGAAAACCUAGCUAUAGUUUCUUCAUUAGGCAAUUACUACGAACCAAAUAUAAAAGCUUUCAACCCCAAGUCUACAGAACCAGAAGGUUUGUUGGCUUACAGUAUCACAAACAAAAAUCGAAGCAAUGCCGAACCAUCUAGUGAUUUUACUGGCUUCGGUUUCACUGUAGAGACGGUAAAUAUUCCUCAACACUCAAAAGGCAAGAGUGCUUCACGAACUAAUUAUGGUAUUUUAAUUGGAGCCCCGUUUGAGAGUUCUACGAAACAAUACAAUCCUAAUCAUGGAAGAGUGUAUAUCGUAUGUCCAGAAGAACGUAUUACUCACAAAACUGGCUUAUUUUCCGUAGAAGGAACUCGAAAAAAUGAGUUUUUCGGAUAUUCCAUAGCUCGUCUAGGUGAUAUUGAUGGAGAUGGGAUUGAUGAUGUGGCUAUUAGUGCUCCAGCAAUACAAUCAAAGAAGAUGGAAUUACCUAAUGAAAAUUUAAAUAUUUCAUUACAUAGUGGUCGUGUCUAUAUUUAUCGAGUUACAUCACAGUGUACACUAGAUCCACAACCUUUACAGAUUAUAGAAUCUCCUAAACCAGAGAUCGGUGAUGGUUUUGGAAUCGGGCUAUCAAGGGGGUUUGAUGCUGAUGGAGACGGUUGGCCAGAAUUCGCUGUUACUUCGCUCAAACUGAAUACUGUACCAUAUUUAUUUACAAUGCCCAAAUUAUUAAAAUCACAAUGUCGAAUAAAUAUUCCACCAUUAUAUUCAAUGUUACACUUCAGAAAGGGUACAACAAUACCAUUUGAAAUGAAUGUACGCCUGUAUGACCUACAUUUGCGACAAUAUAUUAACAUUCCCACAGGAUUAAUUUCCACUAAAAUACGUCAUCAUGAAGUGAAUCCAGAUGUACUAUGGAAUGACUAUUUAUAUUCAAACAGUACCACUCAGACUUUUUCAUCUGAUAUGUUAAUAAAACAAAGAGUUGAGUUAUCAACAUUCGAUAUGUUCAAUAUUCAGCUUAAUAAGUUAACACCUCGAUUUCAACUAGGAGAUAACAAAACAAUUAAUAUCCGCUUGGAUUCAUCACAGUCAUACAUAGUAAUAAAAUUUCAUUUAAUAGCGAUGUACGGAUUAGAAGAAAUGAAUUUAAAUAGUAUACCAUUGAAAAUCUCAUAUAAAUCUGGAUUAAAUUUGACUGAAUGUAAUUUUACGCAAAAUAUUGAUAAAUGUAAUAAACAAGAACACCCUUUAAUUGAUUGGUCUGAAUGUUCUCAGUUAAUACAACUGGCCCAACCAGUUUGUAUUCCAGCGAAUGAAUGUAGUUCCGAUUUGAGUUUUAAGAACAUAAGUUGGAGUUCAAUACACUCACUGAUGACUACACAAAGUUAUAAAAAUUCAUUGACUGAAGUUAAUAACUCGUUCAUAAAAAUUCUCAAAUAUGGACAUCCAAAUGAACAACAACAGUUGAUCCAAUUAAAAUUAAUUAACUUAGGUCCUACUAAGUCAACUGGACUUCAUAUUUUGACUCGUUUCCAUAAUUGGUACCUAGUAGAUAAUGAAAACCUGAGUUUAACUGACAGUAUUCAAGGUAAAAUCACUAUGAUAAAUAUUAAGAAGUUAUCAAAAAAUGAAACGAGUUCAAUAAAUCUCAUUAAUUCAACGGAUGCAAAAAUAUGGACGAUUAAUAAACAUGAAAAUGGUUUAUUAGCACUAAUUUCAUUAUCUCCAUAUUUAUGGAUUUAUCCCAAUGAAAUCAUACAAAUUGAUAUAUAUGUGUUUAUUCAAGGUUUGUUGUCAUUGCCGACUCUGUCAACUGGUCAAAAAUUGAAAAAUGAUCUUAUGCCAUUUAGUUAUUUAAAUAUGAAUUAUGGAUAUCCGCCAAAAUUUGAAAUUCAAGUAAAAUCAGAAACAAAUGAUAAACAAAAAGAAAACAAUUUAGUAAGUAUACCAUAUAGAAUUCUUUUUAAACCAAUGGUGAAUAUUUUUGCGGGUAUACAACCAUCAACUAUAAUUGAUGACAGGUCGGAACCUUAUAUGAUUGAACAAAACCCAAUAUCACGUAAAAUAUUUUCGUAUGAUAUUGGACCGCGAAUUGAACAUACGUUCCUUAUCGAAAAUCAAGGAUGGAUAGCUCUUACUAAUCUAAGCUUAAUCUUACAAUUACCAUAUGAAACAACUAGCGGUCAUAGAUUAUUGUAUUUAACUGAUCAAGUUCGUGAAGCGUCAUACACUAAUCAAAGUAAGUUGAUUGAUUACUUGCACUUUAUUGAGGACGUGAGAAAACAAUUCAUUGCAUUAUAUUCAACGAAUUAAAAUAGUGAAGUAAAUAUUUUACUUAUCUAUCUUACUUUUAAUAAUUAUUUAAGCGGUCACCAAGGUCUAGUAUCAGUUAGAGAAUCAGUAAAAUAACAGAGCAUAAACACCUGAUUACUCUUCCUUCACAACUUCAGAAUAAUACCUCUUAUAUGAUUCAACUCUGUAUUAAGUUUAAAGACUUCAAGUCAAGUAGACAGAGUAAAACUAUUAAGUAAGUGAUUUACAAUUCAGCUGUUUAAUAUUUUUCUGCUUUUGUUAAAUUAGAGUAUUGUGUAAUCGCUCUACAACAUUGUUGGUCAGUAUUUGUGUUUUAUUCUACUUUGGUUUUUCUCAUGUUAAAUCCGUAUUGCCUAUUACUUAUACUUAAAGACGAAGAACCACUACAAUUCUCAUGACGCGAACUAAAAACACGGAAGACUGCCACAAGUGGAAAUUAAUUCACUACAAACUAAACACUAUGACAACUCUAGUAGAAAAUACACUCAUUUAAACAUUGACUGAACACCCAUUUUGAUUAUUAAUUAGAAUGAAAUCAUAUAUUUGAAAAAUACCCAAAAUUAUAACAAAUCACAUGCCACGUGUCAUGCUGAUCAUAGUUCAUAUUGAUUUAAUAUACGAAUAUUGUAUCUUCAAUAAAACAUCACACUCAAAUCAGUGUUAUACCGAAUAAAAUAUCACACUAAGAAACAAACUUAAAUACUACACUGAGUAAUUAUCAUAUUGAAUUAAAAAAAGGUAUGUAAUGUUGAAAAAAUAAUCACAAUAAUUUAAGAACGUAAUUUGUCUUUUGAUCCCGUCAUCUCAACACAUAGAUCAAGGUUUUCAACAGAAAUUCCAAGGCAUUGAUGUUGAAGAGAUUCACUUAUAACUAAGAAUAUUUUACGUCAUUCAGGUUGUUGAUAAGAAAUUCGUUGAUUUGAAAAUCAUUUUCAUCAUCUGGGGAUCAUUAAAUACUACUGUUUCGUGGUAAUAACUGAUGUUUCAUAAAUACUUUCACCAAUCAAAAUGUCGUACAGCAAACCGCAUGUAUUCUAAUAGAUUUCAUCAAAAGAAGAGAAUCAUUGAAAAUCAGGGAUCCUUGGUCUAAGAUAUCUCAGUAUUGUACACCUACGAUGGUAAAUACGUUUGAACUAAACACUUUUAGUCUCAUUAAUUUGCAGAAAUAAGUUGAAACUGUUUGACAUACAUCUAAUUGUCAUUAGAAUUUUCUCGGCUUCUAGUCUAAAAUACUUGAGAAAUCUUGUGUGUAAUUAAUUUUUGUUGAAGUUUCACUAAAUAAUAAUAAAAUUUUCGGAGAAUUUUUUGAACUUAGUUCCCCAGUAUAAAUGAUUUACUUACAAACCUAUUGUCUGUGUUACUAUAACUUUCUAUCUUACAGCAACUCUAUUGAAGAACACUCUGC